GGGAAGCAAGAACGCACGUUCUCUUUUCUUGGCGAGCCUGAUACAGACAGGCGUCAAUAAGUGGCCAUGCCGGUUGCCAGGAGCUGGGUUUGUAGUAAGACAUAUGUCACCCCAAGACGUCCCUUCGAGAAGUCACGUCUCGACCAGGAGUUGAAACUCAUUGGCGAGUAUGGCCUCAGAAAUAAGAGAGAAGUCUGGCGGGUGAAAUUCACUCUGGCCAAAAUCCGCAAGGCUGCCAGAGAGCUUCUCACUCUGGAUGAGAAGGAUCCGAAGCGUCUCUUUGAGGGUAAAGCUUUGCUCAGGCGUCUGGUGCGCAUUGGUGUGCUGGAUGAGGGCAAGAUGAAGCUUGAUUACAUUCUGGGCUUGAAAGUGGAGGACUUCUUGGAGAGGAGGCUGCAGACUCAGGUCUUCAAGCUUGGACUGGCCAAAAGCAUACAUCAUGCUCGUGUGCUCAUUCGUCAGAGGCACAUCCGGGUGCGUAAGCAGGUUGUGAACAUCCCCUCCUUUGUGGUGAGGCUGGACAGCCAGAAGCACAUCGACUUCUCUCUCCGCUCUCCGUAUGGUGGUGGCCGCCCUGGCAGAGUAAAGCGAAAGAAUGCCAAGAAGGCCCAGGGUGGUGGUGGAGGUGGUGAUGAUGAAGAGGAGGAUUAAACUCAUUCCUCUCAGAGGGGUGGAGGGACACUCUGCUCCCUUAAGUUUUCAAUAAAAAUGGUUUGUUCCAAAUAA